AUGAUGAGAGGUUAUACAGAAGAAAACCUGUCCGUCAAAGAAAGAGCAAAGUUAGCUUGGACGGCGGUUUGCUUUGUGCGUUUAUGGAAAGCAUGGAUCGAGAUGUCAAGCUAUACGAUAGAAUCAUCCUUUAUAUCCUUGCAAACUUAUAAUGAUAUGAUACUCGCAGGCCAUACACUUGUCAUUUCGAUGAAAAUAUUCGCCGAGCAUUUCCCUGAUGAACAUUUCCAUCCAAAAGUUUUUGGUUCGGACAGCUGCGAAAGACUGUUCGCACGUCUGAGAGGUUUUUAUCGAGGCAAAUCAAAUUUAUGCAUGUUAGACAUAUUUGACAUUUGUGGGAGAAUUUUGAAGUUGGAGGAGCUAAAAUGCAAAGACGUUUGUUACAAAGAAACACCAAUGUCCUGGUCUACGACUACAGAACAGGACAUACUGAGCGGGUUACGAGAGGCGGAGAGGGAAGUUUUGAAAACGGUCGAGCGAUUGGGUAUGUUGCCAUUGCUAACUGCUGGAAACAUCCUUAGGAAAGACAAGGAAGGUGAAAUAACCUACCUGAAUCCAGGAAUGGAAUCCACUUUAACGGAUAUUGGUUUUGAGCCCGAUGAACUUGAUUCUAUACCGGUAGAGGAACUGAUAAAGGCAGAAAGUGACAUUUUGUGCUCUGUUGCCGACGAAAUCGACCAUAGUUCAGCAUAUGCCCUGUCAGAUAUUGCUGCAUCCGCCCAAACAUCCAGAACUACGCAAGCAGAACUGCUAGAGGACGAGGAUGAUGAUGACGACCCGAGUCAGUGCCAUUUAUAUCAAUCGGGAACAUGCAAAUACAUGGAUAAGAACUUCAGGGCACCAGCAAAUACUCACUGGCUGGGUUGCGAUUAUCCAGGGUGUGACAAUUGGUUUCACGAAUCAUGUCUAGGAGUUAAAUUCGCAUCUGAUUUUCAAAGGGAAAACUAUGCAUUUGUAUGUAAAGCGCAUGAUAGUGUUAAAGACAUAUUUCACAACCAAGUAACCGCAAAAGCAACGCAUUAUAACAUUCUAGAUGAAGAGCUAUCUGAGGUACAGCCACCCUCAAAGCGGUUAAGAAGAACGCAAUACAAAUCAGGUUCCUCGCUGUUUAAUGACCAACCGGUGCGCCCAAAUUACGUUGAAUACGAAGGGGAAUAUUAUCACAUUGCUGAAUUUUUAUCCCUUCAGCAAGGUAAAGUAUACCAACCUUCAACGUCUAGAAUGUCUCGCUGGAUGGCAGUUUCGAGAAGCGACUUCUAUGAACGAGUGGAAAAAAUUGUCUCGCCAAAUAAGACCGAUUCUGGUCUCUAUCUUGAAGACAUUGCGGCGUUCUGGGUUCCACGCAUUGGUCUAAAGUGCGGCCUAGUCUUGCGAAUGCUGCGUAAGAUGUCAGCUAAGUCCGAAGUUCCAGUAUUCGAGUGGAAAAAACAAAAAAAAAAAGAAGAAACACUGAAAUCGUCUGUUUGUCUCUUGGUGCUAUCAGCCACCAAGAUAGAAGUAGGGAAGUGGUCACUGUCUAAAACAAAGGAGAUUUUAUGGACUGAAUGUAGCUCGCACUUGUUAACCUUUCACGAAGUACCCGAAGUUCGACUUUGGCCAGUUUCUGUAAACGCUGAACAUCUAGAGGAUAUGUUACCUGAGCUCGAAAUAGCUGAAAGGGAACGUUUACUUGCAGAAGAGAGACGUCGAGAAGAAGAAAAAAAGAAAAAGAAAAUGGGAGAACCAGAAGAUAUGUCUAUACGUCUCCUCAAAGAAGUCCUUGACGACCUUAACGUUACUUAUAAAGCGAGUGAAAAGAAACGUGACCUUAUUGCCAAAGUUCUCGAAGCCCGGGAAAGGUUGCAAGAAAGUCAUUCUCAACAAGACGCACCCUGUCAUUUUGCAUUGUAUUGUAACAAUGACUAUACGGAUGACCAAUCGCACUGGUAUGACAGCUGCGCAUUCAAGGCC